CAUAGACGGGUAGUAGACGUUGGCCGUCUCCUUUUUCCGCUGUUGUUUACCGGACGUGUAUUUCUACAGAUAAGCGCUAUACUGCCUCUCUGUAUUCGCGUGCAGGAGACUCGGUUUAACCGAAAGAAAAAAAAACAAAAGCAAAGAAAGGCGAAAUCUGCAUUCAUCGAUGGCAGAGUGGCGUCAGGGCUGGCGGCUAAGCUGACGCCCACGCAAGAGCGGCGGUGUUGCGCGCCAUGACGAACGCGUGCUGUUUCUGACCGUUCCAUUGGAGGCCCGGCGGCGUCAAGCGGGCGCGCGCGACGAAGAUCAUGGCGUACUAUCGUCGCUCCCAGCAAGAUCUGGACGACCAAUAUCUGCGCGAAAAGUUGAGCGGAUUCGGCGAAAAGGUCGGCCCCAUCACAGACACUACGCGCCCUUUGUACCAGCGACGGCUGUCACACCUUCAGCAGAACGGCACCAAGAGCAGCCCCACCGCGCGGAGGAGUGGCAGUCCCUCGUCGUCAACGUACCGAAAUUUGGCCACGCUAAGCUCCGACGACAGCGACUACGACUCCGCCGCCGGUCAACGGAGCGCGCGCCGCAGGUCCGCGGUGCCGGCGCGCAAAAAGACACCGACGGCCCCCGAUAAGACGUCGCGGCGUUCGCUACCCGCUACGCCGCUCGAGCGGCCCAGCUUGCGUAGUCGCACUGUGCACACUACUCGCGCUGAUGACUUCUCGGACACGGACAGUGAACAUGCGCUGCCCUCGGGGCCGCACUACCAGCUGCCGCAACAGUCGUCGCCGCUUUAUUCUAGAACGACGCAUUACCAGCUGCCCCAGACGCCGCCGUCGUACAACAGCAGCAGCACCAGCCUUCUGGUACACAAAUCUGACGAGGCCAGUAGGGGCAAUGGCUAUACAGCUCUUGCAGAGCCAAAGCCCCGAUACCAGUGGGUCUCAUUUGUGCUGGUUCUAGCUGCUAGCCUUUUCUUUGCGUUCCUGGGUGCAGCAUACAUGGGUGUGCGCUACCCAUCUCAGUCAGGUCAGCUGCCCUCUGAUGCCAAGACGCCUGGCAGGCCACAUGCCGAUGCACCUUUUAAUGUCACACUCUGUGAGAACAGCCGUGAGAAAUCCCUUAUCUAUGAAAAUGACGUUCCAGAUGCAUUAGAACUGGCUGGACGGAUGCAGAAACUUUUGGGCCAGACUGCAGGAAAUUACGAGUGUGGACAGGCACCAUAUCGCUCUCUCACAGCUGCAUCCUGUUUGGAAUUUCUGCGAGCCAACAGUGUGGAGCCCAUCACUGACACUGCCUUUGGGAACAGCUUGUUGCUUUUGUUUGAGAAUCCUGCCUGGGGAGUCAGGCUCCUCGAUUCUGGUGGGCAGUUGCUGCGCACCUACACUUUGCCCAGUGACGUGUCCUCCUUGGAGGCUAACCAAGCUGUCAAAUCCUUCUGGUGCUGCUUGCGCCUUGCGGUGCAUCGCAUCCUCAACCAGAUCAUUAUGGUCGUCUUUGUUAUCGUGACGCUUGUGGCACUCUACAUAUGCGUGGUGUGGUACAAGGCACGGAGGGAUCGCUGGCAGCAGCAGGUCUACAACCUCGCAGAAAAGAUCACAGCAAUUCUGAAGGAGCAUGCAGAGCAGCCGAACUGCCGAGAACCCUUCCUGGCGCAAGUGCACGUGCGGGACAGGCUUAUCAGCCCUUCCCAACGGAAACAGCUGAGCAGCCUGUGGCAAAGUGCGGUAGCAUUCCUCGAGCAGAAUGACUCGCGCCUGCGCACGGAACUACAGCAAAUCGAGGGAGAGAGCUACCUGGUGUGGCGUUGGCUGGGCACAGCUUCCCCAUCACGCUCCAAGGUGUGGCAGGGAAAGGCCUUCGAAAGCCAGAGCGGGGCCACGGGCACGCCUCCGGGACCAGCUUGCGUGCCAGCCACCUGCCUAAAGAUUCGCCACAUGUUCGACCCUGAAGUGGAGUAUGAAGAUGACUGGCCCAAGCAGAUUGAGAAUGCAAUACUAGAGAAGUGUGAAGGAAACACUGGCAUCGUACACAUACAUGUGGACACGUCAUCUCGAGAGGGCUGCGUCUACAUGAAGUGUUCCAGCUUGGAGUCAGCGGGACAAGCAUAUCGUUCCCUGCAUGGCUCUUGGUUCGACGGGAACCUGAUUACGGUGAAGUACCUGCGGCUGGAGCGAUACCACGAUCGCUUUCCGGAGGCACGAUACUGCCAAUCGUCGCUCCGGCCCAGCAACUCGUUGAGACUUUCAAUGGACAGCAGCCCACCCAACCCCGAGGAGGACAUGCUCUGAGGCACUUGGUGGCUUUUAGGAUGAUCGACUAAUUAUCAAUCUCGCUUUAUUGCGGGCUUUUGGCAAGUGGUCCAGCUCGCCCGAGUUCCCUGAAGCACUCAAAAUUUAAGCUUGAUUAUAAUAAUAAAAAAAAACGAAAAUAAUUAACAUCUCAA